AAACAGAGAUUCAGUUCAGUCAAUCCAACAGAUUCGCUGAUUGGUUCAUACACUAACACAGAGUAAGUUGAAAUUAAACAAAUAUUACUUAAAGUCGCGAUCGUCUUGUCUUAGCAUUCUGCAUUCUAACAAAAAAUAAAAGAAACUUUACAUAAAUAUAAAACACAAAUACUAUACUGAUUUUCGCUUACUUCGCCCAUCGUCGAUCGGAAAGAAAAAGAGGAACGAACGAAUGAGUAAAUGACAGACCAGCUACGACCAGCUGUAAUAUUAAUCUUCUACCUUACUGAGAAGUGAUGUGUACUCUUCAGUAAAUGUUUUCUAAAUUUCAAAAUUCGCGAGAACAGUUGUGUAAAUAAUAGAUCGCAAAACUCCCAGGUUCUAAGAUCUUCACGAAGCCUUUCAAGUGCCAAUAAGAAACACGGAACUUUAUUGGCUGGAGCAUCCAAGUUGAAGCACUCACUAUUACUUGACUUUGGUACUCUGACAUCUUAGAGAUGGGGUUCCUGAAAGUAAUACUGUAAUGAAAGUUAUCUACAUACAUGAAAUAUCUGCAUGAAAGCUAAAGAAUAAAAACAUGUACUAGCAUUUGGUAAAUAUUUGGCUGGCCAUACUAACAUUCAUGUAAUAAUCCGAGUACCUGCAUUGACAUACUGUCUGGGAAAAGUAAUCAAAGGAUCGUACAUUUCUCGUCCUUAAAUUGCUUUUCUUUGGCCUUGAUUCAGCUGGACGCUUAUUGACGUCAUUUUUUUCUGGCAAGGAAAAUCCUGGCUUGAGCGUUGUUGGUUUUAGUUUCUAAAAAGUGGACGCUCUAGCUUUUGUCACGGUGCUUCUGUAGCUUGGCUUUCCUCUACGCCAAUCUUGAAGAUAUCAUGUAUGCAAUUCAGCUAGCCCUCGUGGUAACUUUGGCAACGACGGCUGCAAGCCAAUGUUUACAAAUACAUUCCGUCAAGGGGAACAAACUUAUUGACCACGUCUUCAAGAGGAACGCCGGAAUCGAUCUAAUGAGAUGUUUUCAGAAUUGUAAGGCAGAUAGACAGUGCCAAAGUAUAAAUUUUAAAGUAAAUGAGUCAGUUUGUGAGUUCAAUAACAGGACGAGGGAAGCCAGACCUUUGUAUUUUGUUGCAGUGGAUGAAUGGCUGUAUUUCAAUAAUCCAUACAGAACAUUAGUAGGAUCCAACAAACUUCUCCCGGGAAUAUCUUGCAAGGACAUCCUGGACAGCGCUGGAGGAAUAGCUUUGGCAAAUAAGGACUACUGGAUCGAUCCUGCCAACUCUUUGACACCAAUUUCCGUUUACUGUGAUAUGAAAACCGACGGAGGAGGAUGGACUCUUAUCGCUAGCACUGUGCUAUCUACAGACAACGAGACAAUUGGAGAAAUGAUCAGAGAACAUGACUACCGCCAAAUAUCCAAUUAUUCCAUAAACAACUUACGCAUUGACGUCCCUGCAUUGGGAGAACUACGUAAGCUCAUUGGAUUCACUCAGAUGCGAUAUUUUUGUCAUAAAAAGGCUGUAGGAAGAACCUUCCAUAUAAUUACUAAUAAGAACACUAAAGGAAGAAACGUCGUAGAUUAUUUCACGAUAGAUAAUCUACAGCAAAUGGACUCUUGUGAGUCAUAUUUCCGAGCACCGGGGGAUGACUCCUUUUUGGCUUCCAAUUGUCUAAAAUGGGGUGACGAUGGUCAAAAAACCGAAAUUGGAAAAUGGGGCUACUACAUGCACAAUGGCACACAUCGAGCGUACAAUGAGCCAGCUUUUUGGAAUGGAACAAGUAAAAAAUACUUUAUCAACUUCAUUCCGGAGCAUCUAUGUUGUGACGAGGAUAAAUAUAAUGUGAAACCCAUGAGUAAAGGGGAUAUUUGGAAGCUUUUUGUGCGAUAGAAGACCCACUUACUCUUGAUGACCAAGCCACGAUACUGGAUCCCAAGACCCUUAAUGAAAUAAAGGUCGAUAGCAUUCAAAAAGCUGCCAGGAACUAUAAUUGGUGGAUAAUCAAUAUAUAAAUGAGCCUUCCUGAACUGUACAAAGUGCACUAAAGGGUCACGUGAUAAAUACAAUAUGAUUGAUAACGUGAUUAUCAAUUGUUGUGAAAAUAAUGAUUACAAGCUAACGUUAUUUUCAUCAUAUUACUGUAUAAUGUUCAUCAUAUAUGACGUAUAUAUUAUAUAUAUUAUCCUAUGAACAAGAAAAAUAUAUGCUAGUAUAUACUCGAAAAUAUAGCGCCGAUGGCUCUUUCGGUUUUAAGGUAAUUUAUGAAAGCCACAAAUGAAUGUUGAAUGUGUGCAGGCGUAUAGGAACAAGAUAUUGACGUUCAGGGCCUCCUCAGCUCUUCGUUUGAGUUAAGGCUCAAGAGGAAUAAGUGCAAUGACAAAUAAGUCCGAUUUUGUUGGAAAUUUUUUUCGAAUCCACUACUCGAAACGUAACCAGCAAGGGCGAAAGUUUUGACUAGGAGCCUAUUACAUCAAGCAAAAAACUAACGUAAAACAUGAAGAAAUUUUUUUUAAAAGUAAAAGCUAUAGCUGCCAAGGAAUGCUUUAAAUUUGUUAUUCACCAAUGCAAAUCUAAAAAUAGCCAGUCCGAGAAAAUGAUAACUCGAAAUCAGGGAUAAUAGUUGUACGUUCCGGGUAUUGGCUUCUGUCGUGGGAGGGUGACGAAAACAGCAACGACACAAAGGAAACUGCUAAAAAAUUUAUUUGAAGAGCUUAGAAAGGCAAUAAGAGCCACCAAAUACCGUAUAUAUUGUAGGAUAAACACCGGAAUAUAAAAUGUUUGUAAACCAGAGGAAUCUGAAAAAUUGAGUCUUUUUAUAAAAACACCGACCAAUUUCUUA